AUGGGUCUAUUUGCGUCGAAGUUGUUUAGCAACCUUUUUGGUAACAAGGAGAUGCGUAUCCUUAUGGUUGGUCUUGAUGGUGCUGGUAAGACUACUGUUUUGUACAAGUUGAAACUGGGUGAGGUCAUUACUACAAUUCCAACCAUUGGGUUCAAUGUAGAGACUGUUCAAUACAAAAACAUUUCCUUCACAGUCUGGGAUGUGGGUGGACAAACCAGAAUCAGAUCAUUGUGGAGACAUUAUUACAGAAACACCGAAGGUGUUAUUUUUGUGGUCGAUUCCAACGAUAGAUCGCGUAUCACUGAAGCAAGAGAAGUUAUGCAAAGAAUGUUGAAUGAAGAUGAAUUGAGAAACGCUGUUUGGUUAGUCUUUGCCAAUAAAUUGGAUUUGCCGGAAGCAAUGUCAGCUGCUGAGAUCACCGAAAAACUAGGUUUACAUUCGAUCAGAAACCGUCCAUGGUUUAUCCAAGCUACAUGUGCAACUUCUGGUGAAGGUUUGUAUGAAGGUUUAGAAUGGUUAAGCAAUAAUUUGAAGAAUCAAUCUUAG